AGGAUUACGGCGUACGAAGCACCCUUCAAACAGGAACCAAACCGCCGCCGAUUUGGCUGCGGCCGUACCGACUUUCCUUACCAAAAGGCGGGAUUUCCUUUGCGGACUAGCGGAAUUCAAGACAUGAAAAGAUCACAGGCCCCUCUAGGCAAUUCUCCUGCGAAAAAGGCCCGCGCUCGAUCCGACCACAACCAUGACUCUAGUCACGGACCGUCCAUUUGGGUCGAGAUUCCGACGAGGCCUCGCAACAGCAUAGCGCCCCUCCGGACCCACUAUGUUCCCGUUGGCGACGAGCUUCCCGAAGACGACGAACUCGUCGUCCCUGGCGAGUCAGUUCCGGACGUCGAUGACGGUGAGGACGAUGACGUUCCGAUCCGCAUGUUGGAGAAUUUUGCUGUCUUCGACCGCACGACGUUCGAAUUUGUUCCAGUCUCCCGUCUCCUUAUGGAGGCGCCAUCCGAAGACUGGGUCGGCGCGGGAUUUGUGCGAUCCGUCUCUAAAGAUUCUGUCGACUCCGACGAUGACGAAGAUUCGGACUUUCCGUUGGUCCAGCUAUCCUCGAUACUAGAGUUUAGCGUCCAUUGGGUUGAGAAGAAUGGCCGGUCUUACAGCCUGGACGAGAACGUUUACCUCUUGACGGAGCAUGCCUGGUACAUACUUGGCAGCCCGUCUUCAUCAUACGCACCACAUUACAAGUCCUUCAGGGCGCAUCACGGCCUCUUCCACAUACUCUUCUCUUGUCUCGCGGAGAUGCCCAAUGCGUCGGCGGACAAGCUACUCAACCAUCUCCCUUCCCAGCUGAAGGAACGCCACGGGGCGCAUCCUCUCUGUUCCUCUGUCUCACGUGAGGCUCUCACGUCCCAGCCCUUUGUCGCCUAUCUGACCACUGUCCUCACAAUCUGGUGGGAGGCACGAGACCAGCGUCAGCAGCUCUUCCAGCGGGUCGUCCGGUCGCCUCUCGUGAAGCACCUGUACCCCGCUCUUCCCGAGGCCUUCCCUGCUACAGACGCAGCCGAGCAGGCCACAGUAGUCACGCCGCGAGUGGGCGCAAUCGCACAGAAACUCUUCUCUCAACCUCUGCGCGUCGUUCAGAUGUCGGAGGGUGUGAGGAAUGUCCCUUGUCAGGCGGUCCCUAUCUGGCCCGUGCAUAAGGGCGAUCCUCAGGUGAUCGAAUGGGGGGAGGGUACGGAGGAUCCACACAUCUUCAAGUCGGUGGUCCUCGACGGCACUACAUACUCUGCUGGGGAUGUUGUGAUCGUGGACGCUGGAGAAGACGAACGCGCCAAGAGGGCGAAGCAUGCUGUUUCCGCCUCAGCGUGGUGCAAGAAUAAUCUUGCUACCAAGAAAUGGUUCUGCAAGAUCAACUACUUCUUCGAGAAGUACGAACCUCGCCUGGGCUGGCAGAAGCUCUUCCAUGCCCAGUGGCUCCAACAUGGGUCACAGACGUUCUUGCAGGAGGCGGCGCACUCGAGAGCCCUUUUCUGGCUCAAUGAGUGUGAGGACCUCCAAGUCGAGUGCAUCUACUCACACUGUAACCUGCAACCCUGGCCACCUGGCGAGGCGGAACCCCUUGAGGACGACGAUGGCCCAGAGAACCUGUUCUUCACGGGGCUUACUCUGAAUGACACCGAUCAUUCCUUCAUACAUCUCUCUACCCAAGAGAUUGAACAAGCUCUCUCCUACUGCACUGACGAGCUGAGGCCUUGCAUCCCCUGUGGUCUGGACGCCUUAGAGGCUAUGCAGGAGCAAUGUAUCCCCUUGGAGAGUGGAGGCGUAACCUACAGAGGCAUUGACUAUCAUGUCAAUGACUUUGUGUAUCACCACAACUCCGGAGGGAACCUCCUCCAUAUUGGGCAAGUUGUGGAGUUCUCUGAUCUCUCUUGUGAGGAGCCUAUGGUUCAAGUGCGCCGAUUUGGUCGCUAUGAUCAUGUCGUCAAGGACAAGGCAAUCCCAUCUGACAAUCGGCGCCUCUUCAUGACAGAUGUCAUCAUCUCUGUGAAGAUGAAGGCAGUUGAGGGUAAGGCCUUUGUUGCCUGUCCCUCUUCUCCAUGGCAGAGGGAACAGUGGGUCAAGGCAGAUGAUCACUUCUAUUGUGAUCUCUUUGCCAAAAGCCUAACCCCUCAAUCUCUGGAGAUCCUACAACCCACCGCUCUAGUGCACUGCAAUCGGUGCUAUGCUGCAGUCUUGGAAGAAGCAACAGAAGAGGAGCUUCUUUUGAAGACUUCAUCAAAGCUAAGGGGCCUGGAGCUCUUUGCAGGUGCUGGUGGCUUGUCAACUGGCUUGGACCUGUCUGGCUUUGUUGAAACAAGGUGGGCUGUUGAGCUUUCAGAAAGUGCUUGCAAGACCUUUCAGGCCAAUCAUCAGAGCUCUCUGGUCUACAACCAGAACACCAGUACUCUGCUACAGCAUGUGGUUGAUACUGCAGAGGGUCAUCAUCCACGACCACUUGUAAGCAAAACAGGCACAAACCUUCCUCCUAUGCCUCAAAGAGGGGAGGUUGACUUUAUCUAUGGAGGACCACCUUGCCAGAGCUUUUCACAGAUCAAUCAUAAUAAGAAAAUAGAUGAUCCUAGGAGUACACUGGCCUGCAACAUGAUAUCCUAUGUGGAGUUCUAUAGGCCUAUGUACUUUCUAUUGGAGAAUGUAAGAGGCAUUCUCAAUGCUCCAACAGAUGGGCAGCCACGGGACCAGCCUUUGGACAGGAACAUAUGCAUGGGAGUUGUCAAGUUCAUUCUUCGCUCCCUAACAGCUCUAGGAUAUCAGGUUCACUUUAGGAUUCUUCAAGCUGGACAGUAUGGCACCCCACAAGGAAGGCAGAGGGUCAUCUUUCUAGGAGCUCGUUGUGACAUUCCAUUGCCGCAAUUUCCUACCCCUCAGCAUGACUAUCCCAAGUCAGUACAAGCCAAGAACUUGCCUGAUGGUGGGGUUCUCUAUCCCUAUCUCCGUCCUACUGGUUGUGGCCAAGCUUGUGUUUCACUGCCUGCUAUCACCACUGAAGAAGCAAUUGGAGACUUGCCAAAGUUUGACUGGAAAAACCCACAUCUUGUAAUUGCAAGAUCAAGACAAGAUGUUCAGAAGGGACAAGCCCGUCUAGCAGAGGGGAUCAUAUGUGUUGAGGCUGUCCCCUCACCUAGCAGGAGCCUCACAGGCUUCCCCACACCUGUUGCAUAUCCUCAACCCCCACUCAGUCGUUUUCAGAGCUGGGUUAGAGGAGACAGUGAUAUAGUCACCUAUCACUACACAAGAAGAUGGUCUCCAGCUGUGGUUGAAAGGGUGGUCAAUGUCCCAAUUCAACCUGGUGCCAAUCAUGCAGAUCUACCCAAGAUCUUGCAGAUACCUUGCUGGCUAAAUCCAGAUGGGAGCUCUAAGAGUGCAUAUACAACUGUCUAUGGAAGGAUUGACAAUGAUGGCUGCUUCAUGACAGCAUUGACAACCCUGGCUCCGAACCAAAAGGGUGGCAAGGUCAUUCAUCCUACUCAAAAUAGGAUCAUCACAAUCAGAGAAGCUGCUAGAGCCCAGGGUUUCCCUGACUCCUAUCAAUUUCUUUCAAUUCAUGAUCUACCUAACAGAUGUCUAGAUGAUCAAGCAAGGCAGAUUGGCAAUGCAGUGCCUGUACCCCUUGCAGCAGCCUUAGGAAAGGAAAUAGGGAAGUCCUUAGUUAGGCUUCAGAAGCAGGGAAGGGAUCAAGAGAAGGUAGCACGGCUUCACAGCCCAGAGCUAGCAUAG